AUGGCGUCAAGAGAAGUAUCAACGAUGAUCAAACACGGGUUCAUCGCAGAUCCUUCUCUUUCUUUCUCCCCGUCAAGAACGGCCAAACUCUCCUCCGCCGCCGUCUCCUCUCCUCCUCCACCGUCUCCUCCUCCGCCGCCGCCGGCAAACGAGUCGUCAACUCACUCAAACCCGACCCUUUUCGACAUGAUGUCAGAGGAGCACCACCGCGAGCCACCGCCGCGUAGGAAGUCACACUCUCACGCGCGUGUGACUCAGAUCAUGGCUGAGUUCAAGAACGACGUCGUUUACGGCCCCAGCGACGUUAAGCUGACGGUAGUUGGAAAAGACGGUUACAGAGUCACCAUGGAUGUUCACAAGAAGGUUUUGUCUGAUAAAAGCAGGUUCUUUAUGGUGAAGAUGAGUUCAAGAAGAGAGAAAGGAGUUUCUCAUAUGGUGGAGAUUAGUGAGUGUGAUGACGUGGAGAUCUAUGUAGAGACUGUUGUCUUGAUGUAUUGUGAUGAUCUCAAGAAGAAGCUGAUUGGUGAAAACGUCGUCAAGAUCUUGGCUUUGCUUAAGGUUUCUUCCGCUAUCUCGUUUGAUGAGGGAGUGACGUCAUGUUUGGAGCAUUUAGAAGCUGCUCCUUGGUCGGAAGAUGAAGAGGAGAUCGUUGUGUCAUGUCUUGAAGAGCUUCAUCUUCCUUAUGAUGUUGAUUCAGUCUCUUUGAUUCUUCAGAGAGUUUCAUCUGAACCGAGGAAAGGUGGAACCGAUGAUGAGAUCUUCUUGAAGCUACUCACUGGUGUACUAAAGGCUAAGGAUGAUAAAGCUAGACGAGAGAUGAAGGUUGUGAUCUUUAAGUUGAUUAGAGAAGAAGCAGACGUUGAAGUCUCUAAAGAAACUCUCUACGGUUUGUGUCAUCGUUGUCUCACUUCCCUUGUCCUUUGCUUAUCUGAAGUGACCACGCAGAUGUUAGAUCCAGGGCAAGACCGUGGAGCUCUCAUGGGAGAGAUCGCUAGAGAAGCUGAUAACAUGUUGUGGAUGGUGGAUAUACUGAUUGAGAAGAAGAUGUGUGAUGAGUUUGUGAAGCUGUGGGCGGAUCAGGAGGAGCUGGCGGAACUUCAUUCAAAGAUACCUACAAUGUAUAGGCACGAGAUAAGCAAGAUCACUGCGCAGAUAUGCGUUGGGAUUGGUAGAGGGAGGAUCUUGGUGAAUAGGGAGACUAGGUUUGCGGUUUUGAACACGUGGUUAGAGGCUUUGUAUGAUGAUUUUGGGUGGAUGAGAAGGGUAUCGUCUAGGUCUCUUGAUAGGAAGCUUGUGGAGGAUGGACUCAGCCAGACGAUUUUGACCUUGUCGUUGAAGCAACAGCAGGUGAUUCUGAUGAAGUGGUUUGAUAGGUUUUUGAGUAAAGGUGAUGAUUGUCCAAAUGUUCAGCGAGCCUUUGAGGUGUGGUGGAGAAGAGCUUUCAUAAGACAGGUUAUGGUAGAGCCGGAUGCAUCAAAGCUGCAGAUAACACUCUAUGACUAA